AGAGAGGGCAGCCACUCUGGUGCACUCUGGUGGUUCUUGCAACGGCGUCACUGUUGCUUGGUCUCCAACAGUCCAACAGUGGCAUUGUAGCUCCUGCAAGCUUCAGCGAGAACAUUGCAAACUACUCAAAUCCCAGUGGAUAUAUAAAUGGACACGGCCGGAUACUUUACUUCUCAAAAUCUUUUUUUGCUUUAUGUUAACGCUUCUCGGAUUCGUGAAAUUGCUGUCACUCCGUGAACUGAAAUUGUUUCAGCUUUGAGGACACUUGUGGAUACACCUUUUUUGGAAAACAUGCUUUGGUUGCCCGCACCAGAAGAACUUCCACUAAAAAUGACAUCUUGGUCAUCACAUCUGGAAACAUGGAAAGCCACUACUGCCUUUUGAACACUGCCAAACAGGGCUCCUAAUCUGUGAAAUGUAAGCAGCAACUAGUCAAGAAUAACUUAUAUCUAGUGAGCAGAUUUAUGAUGCUUGUAAGAGCAUAUUCUUUAGUUGUGUUAACGUGAGAAAAACCACCUGUAGCUUAUUAUAAUGGAUGGCAACUUGAGCACUCUUGCCUCCUCCAACAGAACUGAUCCGUACCACGAUCCGGGGAGCCCCUGGAUCCUCAUCAUUCUGGUCAUCAUCAUACUGACCAUAGUGGUGGGAAACCUGCUGGUAAUCAUCGCGGUAGCUCGUACUUCACAGCUACAGACGACCACAAACAUUUUCAUUAUGUCCCUGGCGUGUGCAGACCUAAUCAUGGGUGUCUUCGUAGUUCCUCUGGGGGGCACUAUAGUGGCGACGGGAAACUGGCAGCUUAGUGACACGUUCUGUGAGUUCUGGACUUCUGUGGACGUCCUGUGUGUGACGGCGAGCAUCGAGACGCUCUGCAUCAUAGCAGUGGAUCGAUAUAUAGCCAUUACGAGGCCUCUCAGGUACAAAGUUCUCCUCAAUAAGUGGCGGGCGAGGCUAAUAGUUUGCUUAGUGUGGGUAGUGUCCGCUUUAAUUUCCUUUGUACCCAUUAUGAAAGGGUAUUGGCGAGACUACGACAUUGAUGCACUAAAGUGCUACGAAACCCCCACAUGCUGUGACUUCGUGACCAACAGGGCCUUUGCUAUUAUUUCUUCUAUUGUGUCUUUUUAUAUUCCGCUGCUCAUAAUGAUAUUUGUGUAUGCUAAAGUUUUUCUAAUAGCCACACGGCAGGUUCGGCUCAUAGAUAAGAAUCGCCUGCGUUUCCAGAAUGAUUGUCUAACAGCGCAGGUUGGCCCCUACAUCAACAAUAUCCUGCCAAACGCGUGUCCAGCCCAGAAUACCGUGCAAAGAGCAAAGAGCGCCAAGCGGCGGCCAUCACGGCUAAUUCUCGUCAAAGAGCACAAGGCCCUGAAGACUUUGGGGAUCAUCAUGGGGACCUUCACUGUGUGCUGGCUGCCGUUCUUUGUGGCCAACAUCAUCAGCGCUUUUGCACGAGAUAUUCCCUCAGAAGGGAUCUUCAGACUGUUAAACUGGCUGGGUUACGUCAACUCUGGUCUCAAUCCUAUCAUCUACUGCAGGAGUCCGGAGUUCCGCACAGCGUUUAAGAACCUGCUGGGCUGUCCGUUGCUGCUGUCCACCCUGCAGCCAAACCGUUUUUAUAAAGAGCUGAGGACUCGCUGCUCCUGCUUCCCAUGGCAGGCUGAGGCAGGCGCAGCCAGCUCUUUCCAAAAGUCUCCAAACAGUAAGACUGAUGGCUGUGAGAGUCUGGGCAGCACUAAUGGAAGCAGCAAAAGUGACGAGGUUUCCCCUGGUGCUCUGCGCUCCAAUGGCAGCACACAUUUCAGCGAAUUAUCAGAACCAGAAACCACAUUGAGCCAGGCACGGGAGAGCAUGGAGCAAUACAAAUAUUACAACUCGUGCUCAGGAAACACGCGUGCCAGCUGUGCUGUCGCAUCACACCCAGGAACUAACUGCUUCACAUUGCAGGAAAAGGAUUGAUGAACUGUCAAAUGUCAAUCUACUGAAGCUACUGUUCUCCAGACGUUCCUGUGACUCCCUGCUAAGGCUAAGAGCAAACAGCAGCGAGGACGAGCUGAGGAAAUGUCCGACCCACCGGCACUGAUAACCCCGAAGAGACGACGGGACUGACUGUAGAGAAAAUUGGAUGUCUCUGCGGACAGGAGACAGACUGCUGCAGCUCAAAUCACAGACAAGAAGUGACACCAAAGCAUCCUGAAUGAGACAUAAUGUUUGAAAUGCAUUCCAGGUAACCUUUGGACAGUGUAUGUGACCUGUGGUGUCAAAAGUAUGAGCUGAUUUUGUACAGUAUAUUGUCUGGUAAGUUAUCUAUUUAUGAUACACUGAAACUUUUUCUAACUUAAUACAAAGUCGUGGUUCUGCUAUGGUCAUCACUGUCACACAUUUGUCAGUGCAAUAUGAGCUAAACUAAAGGGCUGUGCAUUCAAAUAUUCAAUUCUGAUGUAUGUUUUCAGUCUUAAUCUUUCGUUUUUAAGCGUGAACGACAGAAAACACUUCUCUUUUUUUAAUCCCCUUCUCUAACUUUCGCCAUGGCUAUUGAUUUUUAAUUUUAGAUUCAGAGUCAGACUUAUUUCCUCUAAACAGUUAACAAUCGUUCUGAAUAUAUGCUAAAGGUACAGUGUUACAAAUCGCAGGUGACCAUAAGAAAACACGUCAGCUACAUGCUAUAUUAUCAGUCACUCCCUACUGCGGUAUAAGCUCAAUAACACACUCUGAAAUGUCCAAAUAUAGAAAAAUAAUGGACCGGAUGGGGGAAAAAUCCCCUACAAAACAUCCAUUAUUUUGUUAUAUCGGAGACCUUGUUGUGUGGUAGUACGCACAUUAUCUGCUGCAUUGAGAAAUAAAACAAUAUGAAACUGUGUAA